CAGGUUAGUGUCCUCUGUUCAGGCGAUCAUGGCCUCCUCAGCUGGUUACAUCAUUGCCUCCUCCUGUGAUGACAUCAUCGAGGAUCAGUAAGUGUAGAAAUUCACCUCGUCCUUCUGACAAUUGUUGUUACUGUAAAGCUCAGUCAGUAAAAUUUGUAAAACAGACCAGGGGUAUGUUUGAGUCACUAAAAUGGAAGAAAACGGAUAAACAGGGAGAAAUUAUUACUUUUGUUUUCCGUUGCAAAACAUUUUCAGUUUCUUGUCCUAAUGAACACGCCCCAGAAAGAGACAAGAUAUCAGACCUAUAAAAAUAAUAACAAAAUGAUGUCGACUAUAGCAUAGAGUGAAGAGAAAAGAAAAGCAAGUUUUUAAAAUUCUCAUUCAGCCUUGAGCGAUGUUUUACUUCAGGCCACACUAGAAAUGUUUUAAGUGAAUUGUUAACUUCAGAAUCAUAAUUUGUCAAUGGUUUUUGUACCUUGGGAGUAGUAGGGUUGUCCCAAUACCAGUAUCGUGAUGCAGUAAUACUUGAUUUUUCAUGGGGGGAAAAAGAACACACAAAGCAGACUCCUUUAAAAAGCUGUUGUAUGUAGUCCUAAAAUGUUGUGAUAAAUCUUGGGAAAUACACAAAUGUUUUUUUAUUUAUUUAUUUUUAUCUACUUUACAAUGAAAAAGUAAGGUGACCCCCUAAAGCCAGAUGGAAAUGUGUAAAUGAAACGCGCAUUCAGUCCUUAUAUUACUGAUACAUAGGCUAUGCUUCAGCAAAUGUUGUCCUACUUUUCACAAGAAAAAAGUUACCAUGAUGAGAUGAUAGGCCUACUUGCAUUGUGAACUGCGCUCUAUACUGAAAUGCGCUGUCUGUCCCCACCCAAGAGUAGGCCUUGGCCCGUAGAUAAGCCAGAUUUAAACAUCACAUAUAAUUGAAGUUCCAUUUCACGGCAUGCUGUUCAUAGAUUUAAAAAUAUAUAUAUUUACCGGUUUCUCGCACUUAGUCUGACUUGGUGUGGAUUUACAAUCAGAGGUGUAUAGUUCUUUACAGAAGCGGGAGAAUCUUUGAUUAAUUUGGGCUCUGAUAGUAAUUCCCCAGUUUCAGAUUCAAUAGUUGCUAUAUCAGCUAAUUGAUCAUUACUGCGAAGCUUGUUGGCCAGUAAACGACCUGGGACGAUUACCAUAGAAGUAAUUGUUGAGCCUAACUAAAUGGAUGACAAAUCCUGCUCUCUGUCUUAUCAAUAAAUUAAGUUCUGUCUUGACUUUGGAAAGAGUAAUAGCUACCUGGUCUGAAAAAAGGGUUGGUUGAGAACGCUCUAACGCAGUAACCAACAUUUCCAAUUAUCUUAUUUAAUUGUGAUUUAUUCAACCCAGAUGCAGAUGAAGUUGCAUUAUUUUUUAUAAAACCUUUUGGUGGCAUCCAAUAGAAUCCGGGGGUCAUUGACUGAAUUUUUAUUGAGCAUUAUGAAUUCAUUUAGUUAAAUUUCAAAUUCAUCACAAUGUAGGAUUUUGCAAUAAUGAAACUUUGAAACGCCAUCUUGUGGCUCUUUUAGGAGAUUCUGAAAUUUGAAAUUGGCAGUAGUAGGCAUGGUGAUCAGACAAGCUCAUAUGUUGAAUGUCUGUCUUAAUUUAAGAAAAUAGAGUUGCAGAUAAUAUAAAGUUGAUUGGGAGAAUGUUUUAUGCCUGUUUGAGUAGAAAAUGUACUCGUUUGCUUUUGGACUAUGUGCUCGCCAGGCAUCAAUGAGGCUGUAAUCAGAGAGAAUAUGUUGGAGAGCCUUGGCUGCGUGUGGCUAGUAGUUGGUCUUAUUAUUAUUGCCGGAGAGGAACGAAACUUUAAAACAGUUAGAGUUUAAUGGCUGUGACGAGAUGACUGAGGAUAGAUUAACAACAUUGUACACUCGACGCAACAUGUAAAGUGUUGGUCCCAUGAUUCAUGAGCUGAAAUAAAAGAUCCCAGAAAUGUUCCAUACGCACAAAAAGCUUAUCUCAAAUCUUGUGCACAAAAUUGUUUACAUCCCUGUUACUGAGCAUUUCUCCUUUGCCAAGAUAAUCCAUCUAUAGGACAAGUGUGGCAUAUCAAGAAGCUGAUUAAACAGCAUGAUCAUUACACAGGUACACCUUGUGCAGGGGACAAUAAAAGUCCACUCUAAAAUGUGCAGUUUUGUCACACAACACAAUGCCCAGAUGUCUUAAGUUUUGAGGGAGUAUGUCCACUAGAGCUGUUGCCAGAGAAUUGAAUGUUAAUUUCUCUAGCACAUCGUUUUAGAGAAUUUGGCAGUAUGUCCAACCGGCCUCACAACCGCAGACCAUGUGUAUGGUGUGGUGUGGGCGAGCGGUUUGCUGAUGUCAAUGUUGUGAACAGAGUGCCCCAUGGUGGCGGUGAGGUUAUGGUAUGGGCAGACAUAAACUACGGACAACGAACACCCCCGAACAGGUCCCCUGUAGCUCAGUUGGUAGAGCAUGGCGCUUGCAAUGCCAGGGUUGUGGGUUCGUUUCCCACGGGGGGCCAGUAUGAAAAAUGUAUGCACUCACUAACUGUAAGUCGCUCUGGAUAAGAGCGUCUGCUAAAUGACUAAAAUGUAAAAAUGAACACAAUUGCAUUUUAUCGAUGGCAAUUUCAAUGCACAGAAAUACCGUGACGAGAUCCUGAGGUCCAUUGUGAGGCCCAUUUCUUUUAAGGUAUCUGUGACCAACAGAUGCAUAUUUGUAUUCCCAGUCAUGUGAAAUCCAUAGAUUAGGGCCUAAUGAAUUUAAAUUGACUGAGUUCCUCAUAUGAACUUUAACUCAGUAAAAUCAUUGAGAUUGUUGCAUGUUGCGUUUUUUACAUUUCUGUUCAGUGUAGUUACUCCACAAUACUAACAUACAUGACUGAGUGAAAAGAAUGAAGCCUGUACAGAAUACAAAUAUUCCAAAACAUGCAUCCAUAAGGCACUAAAGUAAUACUGCAAAAAAUGUGUCAAAGGAACUUUUUGUCCUGAAUACAAAACGUUAUGUUGGGCCAAAUCCAACACAACAUAUCACUGAGUACCACUCUUCAUAUUUUCAAGCAUGGUGGUGGCUGCAUCAUGUUAUGGGUAUGCUUGUCAUCAGCAAGGACUAGGGAGUUUUUUAUGAUUAAAAGAAACGGAAUAGGGCUAAGCACAUGCAAAAUCCUAGAGGAACCUGGUUGUCUGCUUUCCAACAGACUCUGGGAGACAAAUUCACCUUUUAGUAAUAACCUGAAACACAAGGCCAAAUAUACACUGGAGUUGCUUACCAAGACGACAUCGAAUGUUCCUGAGUGGCCUAGUUACAGUUUUGACUUAAAUCGGCUUGAAAAUCUAUGGCAAGACUUGAAAAUGGCUGUCUAGCAAUGAUCAACAACCAACUUGACAGAGCUUGAAGAAGGUUUUAAAAAAUAAUGGGCAAGUACUGUACAAACCAGGUGUGCAAAGCUCUUAGACUUACCCAGAAAGACUCACAUCUGUAAUUGCUGCCAAAGGUGUUUGUAACAUGUUGAAUACUUAUCUAAUCAAGAUACAGUGGGGAGAACAAGUAUUUGAUAACCUGCAAAAUCGGCAGUGUUUCCUACUUACAAAGCAUGUAGAGGUCUGUAAUUUUUAUCAUAGGUACACUUCAACUGUGAGAGACGGAAUCUAAAACAAAAAUCCAGCAAAUCACAUUGUAUGAUUUUUAAGUAAUUAAUUUGCAUUUUAUUGCAUGACAUAAGUAUUUGAUACAUCAGAAAAGCAGAACUUAAUAUUUGGUACAUAAACCUUUGUUUGCAAUUACAGAGAUCAUACGUUUCCUGUAGGUCUUGACCAGGAUUGCACACACUGCAGCAGGGAUUUUGGCCCACUCCUCCAUACAGACCUUCUCCAGAUCCUUCAGGUUUCGGGGCUGUCGCUGGGCAAUACAGACUUUCAGCUCCCUCCAAAGAUGUUCUAUUGGGUUCAGGUCUGGAGACUGGCUAGGCCAUUCCAGGACCUUGAGAUGCUUCUUACGGAGUCACUCCUUAGUUGCCCUGGCUGUGUGUUUCGGGUCGUUGUCAUGCUGGAACACCCAGCCACGACCCAUCUUCAAUGCUCUUACUGAGGGAAGGAGGUUGUUGGCCAAGAUCUCGCGAUACAUGGCCCCAUCCAUCCUCCCCUCAAUACGGUGCAGUCGUCCUGUCCCCUUUGCAGAAAAGCAUCCCCAAAGAAUGAUGUUUCCACCUCCAUGUUCUUGGGGUUGUACUCAUCCUUCUUCUUCCUCCAAACACGGCGAGUGGAGUUUAGACCAAAAAGCUAUAUUUUUGUCUCAUCAGACCACAUUACCUUCUCCCAUUCCUCCUCUGAAUCAUCCAGAUGGUCAUUGGCAAACUUCAGACGGGCCUGGACAUGCACUGGCUUGAGCAGGGGGACCUUGCGUGCGCUGCAGGAUUUUAAUCCAUGACGGCGUAGUGUGUUACUAAUGGUUUUCUUUGAGACUGUGGUCCCAGCUCUCUUCAGGUCAUUGACCAGGUCCUGCCGUGUAGUUCUGGGCUGAUCCCUCACCUUCCUCAUGAUCAUUGAUGCCCCACGAGAUGAGAUCUUGCAUGGAGCCCCAGACCGAGGGUGAUUGACCGUCAUCUUGAACUUCUUCCAUUUUCUAAUAAUUGCGCCAUUAGUUGUUGCCUUCUCACCAAGCUGUUUGCCUAUUGUCCUGUAACCCAUCCGAGCCUUGUGCAGGUCUACAAUUUUAUCCAUGAUGUCCUUACACAGCUCUCUGGUCUUGGCCAUUGUGGAGAGGUUGGAGUCUGUUUUAUUGAGUGUGUGGACAGGUGUCUUUUAUACAGGUAAUGAGUUCAAACAGGUGCAGUUAAUACAGGUAAUGAGUGGAGAACAGGAGGGCUUCUUAAAGAAAAACUAACAGGUCUGUGAAAGCCGGAAUUCUUACUGGUUGGUAGGUGAUCAAAUACUUAUGUCAUGCAAUACAAUGCAAAUUAAUUACUUAAAAAUCAUACAAUGUGAUUUUCUGGAUUUUUUUAGAUUCCGUCUCUCACAGUUGAAGUGUACCUAUGAUAAAAAUUACAGACCUCUACAUGCUUUGUAAAUAGGAAAACCUGCAAAAUCGGCAGUGUAUCAAAUACUUGUUCUCCCCACUGUAUAUUAGUGUUUUAUUUUCCAUUUAGAAUAUAUAUAUUAAUUUUUUACUUUGACAGAGUAUUUUGUGUAGAUCGUUUGUGUAGACAAUAAAAUCCAAUUUAAUCCCACUUUGUAACACAACAAAACAUUUAUAAAGUCAAGGGAUGUGAAUACCUUCUGAAGAUGCUGUAGAUUUUGUCCCGCAUGUCCAAAAUGACAUUCAUGUUUGUCCCAAUAACCAGUUGGAAUUCAGUUAAUCCUAACAAUAUUCUGUUCAGAGAAUCAAAAAACAUAGGAUCAUAUGAAUUUGGAGUAUACACAUUAAAAAAGGCAAAGGAUAUUGAGAGAGUGCGAAUGUUUGAUAGGACAAUUUAGGCCUUUCACAUUCCAAGAGAGAAUAGCUAGUGUUGCCAUUAUUUUUCAGAAAGGAAUGUUAAUUAUAUAAUUGUUAUCUUUAGUGUUGAUGACCCCAUGGAUAUGUAACAAAAAGCAGGACCCACACGGAAACCCACCCAUUGGUCCUUCCCCACCCAGAAAACCCUUGCUGUAAACCACCCCCCCCCCCCCCCCCCUCUCCCCCCUUCCCUAACCACCCCUCCCUAGCCUCCAGCCCCCAAACUAUAUUCCUUUUGUAAAACCUUUUUACAUACGAAUGAAUCAAAUCCAAAUAUUGUAGCCUUGCUUAUUGAAUGCCCGCUGUUCAACUAGGUUACCUUACCGUAACCCCUUUUUUCGACCUAUUUUUUCUUUUUUGUAUCAGGCAUUGGCUCACCAGCGCCUACAUCCUCUUUGCCGUGCCCUACUUUGUGUACGACAUCUACGCCAUGUUCAUGUGCUACUGGUACAAGCUGCGCAUCAAGGGUCACGAAGCAGACAGCGGCGCCAAACCCCUGGGUGCGGCCCUGACCAGCUACCUGCGCCGCGAGUUCCUCAUGGUGCUCCACCACGUCGUCAUGGUCACCGUGUGCUUCCCCAUCUCUGUGGUAACUGUUGCCCAAUGACAACAUGCAAAUGCUGGGAGAAUGACGUGUGAGUGAGUGUUUAUUGGAAGUAUCUUGUGUGUGUCAUUAUUAAAGAUAUUUGGUAGGGUACACAGGCAAAACCUUGUGGCCGUGUGGUUUGGGUGUCCGCCUGGAUAUUGGGAAGUUGGAUGUUUGAUUCCCCGGUCGAGUCCUACCAAAGACUCAAAAAAUCGACUUGAUGCCUCUCUGCUUGGUACUGAGCAUUAGGGAUACAGAUGGAUUGGGGGUAAGGCCCUGUGACAGACUAGCCUCCUGUCCAGGGGGCGUACUUGUACAUCAAGCUGCAUCAUGCUACAAAAACAGCAUAAAGGCUCCUGCCCUAUGGACAAGGCUUACUUUACACUGGCAAAAGGGUUUGUUGAAGGCUUAUUCAUGAUGAUAAAACAUGACUUUCAAUGAAUGGCUGCCAACUGUCUUCUUCCUCUUUCCCCCAGUUCUGGCGACAGGGCAAGGGGGAUUACUUCCAAGGCGUCAUGUUCUUGGCGGAAGUCAGCACUCCGUGGGUCUGUCUGGGAAAGAUCCUCAUCCAGGUACUUCAGUUUUUGAACAUCUCUAAACUAUUGUGUUCGGAGUACUUUUUGAAGUGCACACAUCUCUAGGUGUCCCACUUGUGUUUCAAUUUCUCAAACAGAGACCUAAUUGGACUGUUGGUUCCUGGCAUGUGGCUCAUCGCUCUGUCAUAUGCCAUCUAUGCCUGUGUGUGUCGUGUAUAACAGCACAUCUGUAAUAUGACUUACAUCAAUUAUAGCACAUUACAGUACACUGAGUAUACAACAAAUUAAGAACACCUGCUCUUUUCAUAACAUAGGCUGACCAGGUGAAUCAAAUGAUCCUUUAUUGAUGUCACUUGUUAAAUCCUCUUCAAUCAGUGUAGAUGAAGGGGAGGAUUUUUAAGCCUUAAGAAAAUUGACACAUGGAUUGUGUAUGUGUGCCAUUCAGAGGGUGAAUGGUAGGGCAUAAAAUGAACACCAGCCAAAUGCGGGUAACUUUAGGUAUUGGCGGGUAAGAAUGUCUAUUUCACCAGCCACGUUGGUGGGUGGUUAAUUUGCAGGGCUCUACAGUGUGAGCAUUACCUUCGUGAAUAAAAAUAGUCAAAAGUAUGAGCACAUGUGCGAGUUGCGAUUUAUAGCAGAAAAAUGCUGCAGUAGCUGUUUUCAAAGUAUUUCUGCUGUUUUGUUUCAGAGCUGUUAUUGCACAAAGAUAUACGAAUCCUAUAUCCCACCUCGUGCAGCGACACUGCCUGGCAGGGGAGCUGUGCGCACUGAGUGAAGUGCUGAUAUAUUCAUUUUUGGAGGCGCUGCGCACAGGCAUACGUUGGUCUAAUUUACUCGAAAGUAUCAAGAUGGCGCCGAUAGACAUGGCCGCUCUGUUUCUAGCUCCUAAGCAACUUUGCAGUAUUCUUUUUUUUGUUUGGUUAUUUCUUACAUUAUUAGCCCAGAACGUUUUUUUGUGUUAUUACAUACAGCCAGAAAUUACUUUUGGAUAUCAGAGCGGCAGUAACUCACCAGCAUUUCAACCAGAAAUACGACUUUCCUGAAUUGGAUCCUUUUUUCGUAUCCCCCAAGGCGAAUGAACUUAUCCCAGAGGUUGCUCCAAGACGCAGCCGGCAGAGAAGAGGUAUUCAGAGUGGACUUUUAGUCCAACACGGUAGGCGUGCACACCAUCCACCGCUUCCGAGUAUAUUACUCACUAAUGUUCAGUCCCAGGACAAUAAAGUAGAUGAGCUCAGGGGGAGGAUCUCCUUCAAGAGAGACAUCAGGGACUGUCACAUACUCUGUUUCACGGAAUCAUAUCGCUCACCGGAUAUACUGUCCCCGUCCAUACAGCCAGCUCUCUGGGAAGAAGAAGGUGGAGGUGUAUGUUUCAUGAUUAACUACUCAUGGUGUGAUUGUGGUAACGUACAGGAACUCAAGUCAUUUUGUUCACCUCACCUAGAACACUGAAUACCUCACAAUCAAAUGCCGACCGCAUUACCUCCUGAGUCAUUGUCACAGCCGUGUAUAUUCCCCAUCAAGCCGAUACCACGGCGGCUCUCAAGGAACUACACUGGACUUUGUGCCAACUGGAAACCGCAUAUCCUAAGGCCACAUUUAUUGUAGCUGGGGACUUUAACAAAGCAAAUCUGAGUAAAAACCUACCGGAGUUCUAUCAACACAUUGCCUGCAGUACUCUGCUUCAAAAACUCUCUACCAUUGUUACUCUCCCUUCCGGGAUGUCUACAAGGCCCUCCCCCGCCCUCCCUACGGCAAAUCAGAUUACGACUCCAUUCUGCUCCUCCCUUCCUAUAGGCAGAAACUCAAACAGGAAGUGAAUGGACCGUGCUAAGGUCUAUUCAAUGCUGGUCUGACCAAUCGGAAUCCAUGCUUCAAGAUUGUUUUGAUCACGUGGACUGGGAUAUGUUCCAGGUUGACACGGUGACUGAGUUCAUCAGGAAGUGUAUAGGGGAUGUUGUUUCCAAUGUGAAGAUUAAAACUUAUCCAAACCAAAAACCAUGGAUAGAUGGCAGCCUUUGCGCAAAACUGAAAGUGCGAAUCACCGCAUUUAACCACGUCAAGGUGACUGGGAAUAUGUUUGAAUACAAACAGUCCAGUUAUGCCCUCUGUAAGGCAAUCAAACAGGCAAAACGACAGUACAGAGACAAAAUAGAGUCGCAAUUCAAGGGAUUUCCAGACAAUCAUGGAUUACAAAGGGAAGACCAGCCAAGUCGUGGACACCGAUGUCUUGCUCCCGGGCAAACUAAACACUUUCUUCGCCCGCUUUGAGGAUAACACAUUGCCACCGACGCGGGCCGCUCCCGAGGACUGUGAGCUCUCGUUCUCCGUGGCCGACGUGAGUAAGACAUUUUAAGCGUGUUAACCCUCGCAUGGCUGCCGGCCCAGACGGCAUCCCUAGCCACAUCCUCCGAGCAUGCGCAGACCAGCUGGCUGGAGUGUUUGUGGACAUAUUCAAUUUCUUCUUAUCCCAAUCUGCUGUUCCCACUUGCUUCAAGAUGUCCACCAUUGUUCCUGUACCCAAGAAAGUGAAUGUAACUGAACUAAAUGACUCUAGCCCCGUAGCACUCACUUCUGCCAUCAUGAAGUGCUUUGAGAGGCUAAUUUAAGGAUCAUAUCACCUUAGCCGACACCCUAGACCCACUGCAAUUUACAUACCGCCCCAAUCGAUCCACGGAUGAUGCAAUCGCCAUCGAACUGCACACUGCCCUAUCCCAUCUGAACAAGAAGAAUACCUACGUAAGAAUGCUGUUCAUUCACUACAGUUCAGCCUUCAACACCAUAGUACCCUCCAAGCUCAUCAUUAAGCUUAGGGCCUUUGGUCUUCCUGACGGGCCUCCCGCAGUUGGUGAACGUAGGCAACAACACCUGAUCCUCAACACGGGCCACACAAGGCUGCGCACACACGCCUCCAACUCAAUCAUCAAGUUUGCAGACGACACAACAGUGGUAGGCCUGAUUACCAACAACAACGACACAGCUUACAGGGAGGAGGUGAGGGCCCUGGCGGAGUCGUGCCAGUAAAAUAACCUUUUCCUUUUAACGUCAACAAAACGAAGGAACUGAUCGUGGACUUCAGGAGACAGAAAAGGGAGCACACCCCCAUCCACAUCGACGGGGCCGCAGUGGAGAAGGUAAAAAAGCUUCAAGUUCCUCAGAAUACACAUUACUGACUAUCUGAAAUGGUCCACCCACACAGAGUGGUGAAGGCGCAACAGCGCCUCUUCAACUUCAGGAAGCUGAAGGAUUUCUGCACCGUCCGCAACCACAGGGUUUUCCAGAGGGUGGUGCGGUCUGCAUCAAAGCUGGGACAGAGAGACUGAAAAACUGCUUCUAUCUUAAGGUCAUGGGACUGUUAAAUAGCCAUCACUAGCCGGCCUCCACCCAGUAACCUGCCCUGAACUUAGUCACUGUCACUAGCUGGCUACCACCCAGUUACUCAACUCUGCACCUUAGAGGAUGCUGCCCUAUGUAUGUAGACAUGGAGCACUGGUCACUUUUAUUAAUGUUUACAUAAUGUUUUAUCCAUUUCAUAUGUAUAGACUGUAUUCUAUUCAAGGCCAUCCUAUUCAACUAUUUCUGUACAUAUACUAUUCUAUCCUACGUAUUCUUCAGAUAUACUACAUAUUCUAUCAACAUACUGUCCAUUAAUGUCUAUACAGUGCAUUCGGAAAGUAUUCAGACCCCUUGACUUUUCCCACAUUUUGUUACGUUACAGCCUUAUUCUAAAAUUGAUUUUAAAAAACGAAGCAUUAUUAUCAGUCUACACACAAUACCUCAUAAUAACAAAGCAAAAACCUUUUUUUUUUUUUUUUUUAAAGCAAAUGUAUAAAAAAUAUAAAACAUACCUUAUUUACAUAAGUAUUGUGUCGAGGCACAGACCUGGGGAAGGGUACCAAAACAUUUCUGCAGCAUUGAAGGUCCCCAAGAACACAGUGGCCUCCAUUAUUCUUAAAUGGAAGAAGUUUGGAACCACCAAGACUCUUCCUAGAGCUGGCCGCCCGGCCAAACUGAGCAAUCGGGGGAGAAGGUCCUUGGUCAGGGAGGUGACCAAGAACCAGAUGGUGACUCUGACACAGCUCCAGAGUUCCUCUGUGGAGAUGGGAGAACGUUCCAGAAAGACAACCAUCUCUGCAGCACUUCACCAAUCAGGCCUUUAUGGUAGAGUGGCCAGACGGAAACCACUCCUCAGUAAAAGGCACAUGACAGCCCGCUUGGAGUUUGCCAAAAGGCACCUAAAGGACUCAUUCUCUGGUCUGAUGAAACCAAGAUUGAACUCUUUGGCCUGAUUGCCAAGCGAAACCUGGCACCAUCCCUACAGUGAAUCAUGGUGGUGGCAGCAUCAUGCUGUGGGGAUGUUUUUAAGUGGCAAGGACUGGGAGACUAGUCAGGAUCAAGGGAAAGAUGAAUGGAGAAAAGUACAGAGAGCUCCUUGAUGAAAACCUGCUCCAGAGCGCUCAGGACCUCCGACUGGGGCGAAGAUUCACCUUCCAACAGGACAACGACCCUAAGCACACAGCCAAGACAACGCAGGAGUGGCUUUGGGACAAGUCUCUGAAUGUCCUUGAGUGGCCCAGCCUGAGCCCGGACUUGAACAUCCCUUGAGAGACCUGAAAAUAGCUGUGCAGCGACGCUCCCCAUCCAACCUGACAGAGCUUGAUAGUAUCUGUAGAGAAUAAUUGGAGAAACUCCCCAAAUACAGGUGUGCCAAGCUUGUAGCGUCAUACCCAAGAAGAAUCGAGGUUGUAAUCGCUGCCAAAGGUGCUUUAACAAGAAUGGCUGUACUGAAGAGCUCAGUGACUUUCAAUGUGGCACCGUCAUAGGAUGCCACCUUUCCAAUAAGUCAGUUCAUCAAAUUUCUGCCCUGCUAGAGCUGCCCCGGUCAACUGUAAGUGCUGUUAUUGUGAUGUGGAAACGUCUAGGAGCAACAACGGCUCCGCCGCGAAGUGGUAGGCCACACAAGCUAACAGAACAGGACCGCCGAGUGCUGAAGCGCAUAGCGUGUAAAAAUCACCUGUCCUCGGUUGCAACACUCACUACGAGUUCCAAACUGCCUCGUGAAGCAACGUCAGCACAAGAACUGUUCGUCGGGAGCUUCAUGAAAUGGGUUUCCAUGGCCGAGCAGCCACACACAAGCCUAAGAUCACCAUGCGCAAUGCCAAGUGUCUGCUGGAGUGGCGUAAAGCUCGACGCCAUUGGACUCUGGAGCAGUGGAAACAUGUUCUCUGGAGUGCUCAAUCACGCUUCACCAUCUGGCAGUCCGACGGACAAAUCUGGGUUUGGAGGAUGCCAGGAGAACGCUACCUGCCCAAAUGCAUAGUGCCAACUGUACAGUUUGAUGGAUGAAGAAUAAUGAUCUGGGGCUGUUUUUCAUGGUUCAGGCUAGGCCCCUUAGUUCCAGUGAAGGGAAAUCUUAAUGCUACAGCAUACAAUAACAUUCUAGACGAUUCUGUGCUUCCACCUUUGUAGCAACAGUUUGGGCAAGGCCCUUUCCUGUUUCAGCAUGGCAAUGCCCAUACAGAAAUGGUUUGUCGAGAUCGGUGUGGAAGAACUUGACUGGCUUGCACAGAGCCCUGACCUCAACCCCAUCUAACACCUUUGGGAUGAAUUGGAACGCAAAAAAAACGCACCAUUUUGUGUUAAGAAUUGCAAUGCAGCUGGGUUUUUCAUGCUCAAUAGUUUCCUGUGUGUAUCAAGAAUGGUCCACCACCAAAGGACAUCCAGCCAACUUUACACAACUGUGGGCAGCAUUGGAGUCAACAUGGGCCAGCAUCUGUGUGGAACUCUUUCGACUUCUUGUAGAGUCCAUGCCCCGACGAAUUGAGGCUGUUAUGAGGGCAAAAGGAGGUGCAACUCUAUUUUAGGAAUGUGUUCAUAAUAUUUGGUAUACUCAGUGUAUCUUUCAUAUGCAACUGUAGGUGAUCUUUCACAUAUCUGCAUCUGUAGUGGUGGAGUGUGUGUACAGUAGUACAGCAGUGUCUUGCUGAAGGUUGACCUACAGUGCAUUCGUUAAGUUUUCAGACCCCUUAACUUUUAACACAUUUUGAUAUGUUACAGCCUCAUUCUAAAAUUGAUUUAAAUGUUUUUUUCUUCAUCAAUCUACACACAAUAACCCAUAAUGACAAAACAAAAACAGGUUUGUAGAUUUUUUUGCAAAUGUAAAUACAAAAACGGAAAUAUCACAUUUACAUAAGUAUUCAGUUACUUUUACUCAGUACUUUGUUGAAGCACCUUUGGCAGCGAUUACAGCCUUGAGUCUUCUUGGGUAUGACGCUACAAGCUUGGCACACCUGUAUUUGGGGAGUUUCUCCCAUUGUUCUCUGCAGAUACUCUCAAGCUCUGUCAGGUUGAAUGGGGAGUGUCGCUGCACAGCUAUUUUCAGGUCUCUCCAGAGAUGUUCAAGUCCGAGCUCUGGCUGGGCCACUCAAGGACAUUCAAACUUGUCCCGAAGCCAUUCCUGCGUUGUCUUGGCUGUGUGUUUUGGGUUGUUAUCCUCUUGGAAGGUGAACCUUCGCCCCAGUCUGAGGUCCUGAGCGCUCUGGAGCAGGUUUUCAUCAAGGAUCUCUCUGUACUUUGCUCCGUUCAUCUGGGCCUCGAUCCUGACUAGUCUCCCAGUGACUUUCCGAAUGCACUUUAUGCUGUUUUUACUGAAAUCUGAGGCUCAUCUGUUAGCCUUUGAAUAUAGCCCCCUGUAUUCGUACUGGAUUUAACAGCGGAUACAAUAUCUGCCUGUCCACCUCUCUCCCUCCCUUUAGAUCACACACCACCCGUGCCCUCCCCUUCCUGCCCUACAGUGUGUGGUAUAGAGUUGGGAACCAUUUAAAGCAAACUACACAGGACAGUGUGGUGUUAUACAUUUGAUAGAUAAAAAUGAUAAUUGUAUGAUGUGAAAUGACAAUGUUGAGGUUUUCAAACGUUGAACUGUUAUCAUAAUCUUCUCAGUGUUGUCUUGUCAAAGUUGCGCUAGCUGUCGAUACAACGCUUAGCUUGCUGGAGCAGAAAAGAAGUCUAGCAAGCUGGUGGAAACAGAUAAAUGCUUUGCAGAAUAUACUGUGUAUAAUGACAUGUUUUUCUCCCACACCUUAAAGCACUGUAUUCUAUACAAGCCCGGCUUUGGCUUGAAGCAUGACAAGUAUACUUUGUCCUCCAUUUUCCACUUUUUGGUGUCCAUGCAAAGUAGAGCAAUAGCCCUAUUAACUAUUUUUCGGCUUUCACCAAUCUGUACUGCUUGCUCUCUCUCCUUUUUUCUCCUCUCUCAUUCUUUCUCUCCCUCUUUUUCCUCUCAGUACAAACAGCAACACACUCUCCUGCACAAAGUGAAUGGGGCUACUAUGCUGGUCACUUUUUUCAUCUGUCGAGUCCUCCUCUUCCCUUACCUCUACUACGUGUAUGGCAGGUAUGUCUCUCUGUCUGUCCCUCACUCUCUAUCACGCUCUGCUUCCAUGCUGAGCUUUAAGGACUGAUGUGCGUGGUGAUUUGGUCACAUCUCUUAUUUUUCUAACUCUUCUAUCAGGGUUCGGGGCUUGUGAAGAGAGCAGCAUUGUAUUGGGCGGCUGCCAAGGGAUAGUUCACCUACGUUUCAUAAUACUUUCAUCAUUUGGAGUCCAUGUACUGUUAGGGCCAGAUUCAGAGUUGAGAUAAGCGCAAGGAACUCUGGCUUUUGCAUGGAUAAUUUACAGUUGAUGUCGGAAGUUUACAUACACUAGGGUUGGAGUCAUUAAAACUCAUUUUUCAACCACUCCACACAUUUCUUGUUAACAAACUAUAGUUUUGGCAAGUCGGUUAGGACAUCUACUUUGUGCAUGACACUAGUAAUUUUUCCAACAAUUGUUUACAGACAAAUUAUUUAACUUAUAAUUCACUAUCACAAUUCCAGUGGGUCAGAAGUUUACAUACACUAAGUUGACUGUACCUUCAAACAGCUUGGAAAAUUCAUGGCUUUGGAAGCUUCUGAUAGGCUAAUUACAUCAUUUGAGUCAAUUGGAGGUGUACCUGUGGAUGUAUUUCAAGGCCUACCUUCAAACUCAGUGCCUCUUUGCUUGACAUUUACAUUUACACAUCAUGGGAAAAUCAAAAGAAAUCAGCCAAGACCACAGAAAAAAUAUAGACCUCCACAAGUCUGGUUCAUCCUUGGGAGCAAUUUCCAAACGUCUGAAGGUACCACGUUCAUCCGUACAAACAAUAGUACGCAAGUAUAAACACUAUGGGACCGCGCAGCCAUCAUACCGCUCAGGAAGGAGACUCGUUCUGUCUCCUAGAGAUGAACGUACUUUGGUGCGAAAAGUGCAAAUCAAUCCCAGAACAACAGCAAAGGACCUUGUGAAGAUGAUUGAGGAAACGGGUACAAAAGUAUCUAUAUCCACAGUAAAAAGAGUCCUAUAUUGACAUAACCUGAAAGGCUGCUCAGCAAGGAAGAAGCCACUGCUCCAAAACCGCCAUAAAAAAGCCAGACUACGGUUUGCAACUGCACAUGGGGACAAAGAUCGUACCUUUUGGAGAAAUGUCCUCUGGUUUGUUGAAACAACAAUAGAAAUGUUUGGCCAUAACAAACCAGGACUACCGGGCAUGAUGACACCCUGCUGCCCCCAGUCCGCCUGGCCUUGCUGCUAUUCCAGUUUCAACUGUUCUGCCUGCGGCUACGAAACCCCUACCUGUCCCAGACCUGCUGUUUUCAAUUCUAAAUGAUCGGCUAUGAAAAGCCAACUGAGAGACCUGAGCCCUAGGACCAUACGUCGGGACUACCGGCCGUGGUGACUCCUUGCUAUCCCCAGUCCGCCUGGCCUUGCUGCUAUUCCAGUUUAAACUGUUCUGCCUGCGGUUAUGGAACCCCUACCUGUCCCAGACCUGCUGUUUUAAACUCUAAUGAUCGGCUAUGAAAAGCCAACUGAGAUUUAUUCCUGAUUAUUAUUUGACCAUGCUUGUCACUUAUGAACAUUUUUGAACAUCUUGGCAUGGUUCUGUUAUAAUCUCCACCCGGCACAGCCAGAAGAGGACUGGCCACCCCUCAUAGCCUGGUUCCUCUCUAGGUUUCUUCCUAGGUUUUGCCUUUCUAGGGAGUUUUUCCUAGCCACCGUGCUUCUACACCUGCAUUACUAGCUGUUUGGGGUUUUAGGCUGGGUUUCUGUACAGCACUUAGAGAUAUUAGCUGAUGUAAGAAGGGCUAUAUAAAAUAAAAUUGAUUGAUUGAUUGAUUGAUAAUGACCAUCGUUAUGUUUGGAGGAAAAGGGGUAGGAUUGCAAGCCGAAGAACACCAUCCCAACCGUGAAGCACGGGGGUGGCAGCAUCAUGCUGUGGGGGUGCUUUGCUGCAGGAGGGACUGGUGCACUUCACAAAGUAGAUGGCAUCAUGAGGAAGAAAAAUGUGGAUAUAUUGAAGCAACAUCUCAAGACAUCAGUCAGGAAGUUAAAGCUUGGUCGCAAAUGGGUCUUCCAAAUGGACAAUGGGCCUCAUUCACCAAUAUCUACCUAAGAAUUUUCUAAACUUUGUUCUUAAUAAACUCCCUAAGAAAAGUCUACGUCGGAUUCAUGACAUGUUCUUAAACAACAGAGUUGUUCGCACCCGUGUUCUUAGGAUUGAUGAAUCCCACGUCUUCGUAAUUGAAAGCGUGUGCCAGUUGUUCCUAAUUAGCAUAAGAAAACGCCCCUGAAAUUCCCAUAUAAGGACAUGACACUCCAGGGCCGUGUGCAAGAAAAGUUGGAGAAUGUCCAAAAGAUGCACAGACUGUGGUGGUCCACCGAUCACCAAACGAAAAAGGAACUUCAGUAAUUCUGAAAUAGAAAUUCUACUGCAACAGGUAAAUGCCAAACGAGGCAUAAUAUUUAGUAGUGUUUCCAGUGGUUUUAAAGCCACCAACAAAACGGAGGCAUGGAAGGAGAUCACGGAUUCCGUGAACUCUGUUUCUGGACAACGUCGCUCAAUUGAAGAUGUAAAAAAUAAAUGGUUUGACUUAAAAUCAGAGACCAAAAAAUCCAUUGCCAAACACGAGACAUAUACUGAGGGAAUGGCCGGCAGGGAGGUAGCUCAGUUGAUAGAGCAUGGCGUUUUCAACGCCUGGGUUGUGGGUUCGAUUCCCAUGGGGUAUGAAAAUUAAAAAAAAGAAUAAUGUAUGCACUAACUGUAAGUCGCUCUGGAUAAGAGCGUCUGCUAAAUGACAUAAAUGUAAAUGUAAAUGACCACUGGAGGGGGGCAUGCAGGCCCUGAGUUAUCUGAGAUUGACCAGCGCUUCGGGGCCAUUAUUGGUGAGACGGCACUCAGCGGAGCAACUGGACACUGACCAGGGCCCUAUAUCAACAGCUUAAUAUCCUCCAAGGCCAUCUCCCACCAGUGAAUCAGAUGGUAAGCAAGUCUUUCUGAAUUUAUACAAUUGCAUGCCAUAAUUUAACUGAAAGCAAUGGUGAAACCAUUGGAAAGGAAUUUUACACCAGUUUGUCAAACCAAAUGUGGGCCUAUGACUGUGAAUGAGUCCUCGUUUGAAAUCCUAUUGCUUUUGCAUUAGGCCUAUAUUGAACAAACAGUAUCGUUUUUGUUAUUUACAGAUCUCCAAUCCAGGCAACCCCUCUGUGAAGAGGAACCUGACACCAUUUGGCCUUCCUGCAGUAGGCCUGCCUCUGUAUGUGCCCCCAGGUCCCGUCCAACUGCAUGUGUCAUCUCCGAUGCGGUCUUGGAUAACCAGGAGCGGAUUGCGCAAAGUCUCUGUGAAAUUGCUUCUACUCUGGCCACAAUAUCAGAAACACUCAAAAACAUAAACACACAUUUAAAAAUAUAAAGAACGCGCACUGAAACCUGUCAUUUCAUGUGUUUAAUUUGUGGUAUUUAAAGGACAAAACAAAUAAAAAACAAGAAAUUAUUUGUUGUCUGACUUCCACGCCAAGUCUGUUGUCUGGUCCCAGCAAUGGGUCAGGAUGCACAUCCUGGUGUGGUGGCUGAAGUGGAAGUGGAACACCACGCUUCAUAGCGAUGUUGUGUAACACACAACAGGCCAUGAUUAUUCUGCAAACCUAAAAACGGUGUAAAGAUGAUCAAAAGCUAGAAAAACUAAAUAAAAUUAAUUGUUGGAAUUAGAUUAUUCUACAACAUGUUCUCCAUUUUCCAAACCUGAAUAAAACAAGUAGUCCUACUCACCUUCUCUGGCUUGUAAAGCAGCUUACCACCUGCUGUGUCCAAACACAUCCAGCGUCCCUUCAGAAUACCAAUGGUUCGCUCAAUGGUGGAGCGGGUGCGUGCGUGCCUCUGGUUAUAAGAGGCCUCUUGGUGCGUCUGAGGGUUUGUUAGUGGCGUCAUUAGCCAGGGCGCAAGGGCAUACCCCCGAUCUCCUAGUCAUUAAUGUCAUUAAUGAAGAAACCCAAUUUUUGAAACCAACAAUUGGAAUUUGAAAUUACUGAACGAUGCUUACCAAUGAGCCAUGCGUCUCCAGCAGCUCCUUGUUCCAGGCGUAUUCCCACAGAACUGUUCUGCAAAAUAUACGAGUCAUGUGCACCUCCUGGGAAGUGGGAGACCACGUUCAAGAGAUGGUUGUCGGAGUCGCAGAUGACUUGUACAUUGAGUGAUAUUCCUUGCGGUUGAGGUAUGGGAAUGGGUCUGGUGAGGGUGCCUUAAUGCGCACGUGAGUCUAUUGCCCCGAUUACGUUGUGCAGACCAGCAGCUUUUGUCCACAACUCGUGGGAGAGCGCGGCUGAUGGAUGGCUGUGAUAUGCCCACCCGGUCUGCUAACUCCCGCUGAAAUGUGCGUAAGAAUGCUCUUGAGUGUGCGUGGAUUUUGUUCUUAGCUAAGAACAAAUCCAAGAUGAGAAAACAUUAGUGAAUAUCAGAAUCUUCGUAAAAAGUGCAUAAGUGGGGUUUAAGAACACAUUACUUUGUAAGAACGGUUGGUGAAUGAGGCCCAAUGACCCCAAGCACACUUCGAAAGUUGUGGCAAAAUGGCUUAAGGACAACAAAGUCAAGGUAUUGGAGUGGCCAUCACAAAGCCCUGACCUCAAUCCUAUAGAAAAUGUGUGGGCAGAACUGAAAAAGCGUGUGGGAGCAAGGAGGCCUACAAACCAGACUCAGUUACACCAGCUCUGUCAGGAGGAAUGGGCCAAAAUUCACCCAACUUAUUGUGGGAAGCUUGUGGAAGGCUACCUGAAACGUUUGACCCAAGUUAAACAAUUUAAAGGCAAUGCUACCAAAUACUAAUGUGAUGAAAUAAAUAAAAGCUGAAAUAAAUAAUUCUCUCUACUAUUAUUCUGAUUUCACAUUCUUAAAAUAAAGUGGUGAUCCUAACUGACCUAAGACAGGGAAUUUUUACUAGGAUUAAAUGUCAGGAAUUGUGAAAAACAGAGUUUAAAUGUAUUUGGCUAAGGUGUAUGUAAACUUCCGACUUCAACUGUAUUGACAUCAAUGGGAGCAUAGCGUGAAAAUGUAAGUGUGUGUGGAUCUCAUUUAGUAGCCUGGCUACCCAUCCACAUCACUCCGGCCAAACGCCACACCCACUAACUUCUCAAAUGCAGACACAUUCAAAUUGUUCUGGUUGUUCCCAAAAACCGAUGGAUUGGGCCAGAGACAGCCUACACGAAUCACGUCAUUUUGGCCUCAGCACAAAAUACUUAUAGGAUAGCAGGUUCAGACUGAUGUAUAGAGCGAUUGAUAGAGCAGCAAAAUUAAAUUCAGGAUGAGUCAUCAGGCAACUAAUUUUGGUCAAAUUGAGCCAUUUCAGGUAAACUGAUGAAAAUAAGAAAGUGAUGAAAUAUGGGUUAACUAUCCCUUUAAUGCCCCGGCUCCCCCCUUUUGUUGGAUCUAUGUAUGUGGCCACUCUGAAGCCCCCAUGUGCCCAUUCUCUUUAUAAUCCCCCCUCCAGGUACACGUCCAUUCCCUUCUACAUGGUUCCUUUCAACGUGCCCUGGCAAGUUAACCUGGGCGCAGCUAUGCUCAUGGCCCCCCAGGUCUACUGGUUCUCCCUCAUUUGCCGAGGGGCCCUGCGACUCUUCACUGGCUCUUACCGCUCCCGGAGGCCCCCGGUCACCGCCAAGGAAGACUUGGACGGACAGGCGCCGUCUCAGCCCUCCAAUGGGUACAGCACUCAUGCCACAGAGCAGAAGUCAGGCUCUCACUGAGAAGUGGGAGGGAGGGUGAGAGGUAAGGAAGGAGGUGGGGAGAAUGUACCGGUGGGUGAAGUUGAAAGGUGAUGUGAGACUUUGAACAAACAUGAGUUUCGCAAGCGUAAAAAAAGAAAUGCUUCAAAUGGUACUGUCUUUGUUGCCAGAAUCUAUACUCAAUCCCGAUAUUCUGCUUGUGCGAAUAAAGGAAUCGAAGGGAGCGUUUGCACAUUGAACAGCACACAACAAAGUCAUCAGAUGCUAUUGAUGCACGUUGAGAAUGGAGAAAGAGAGAUUAGCCUGAAAGAAGUAUAGCAAUCGAGAAGUGGAGACCGGCCUCAUGUAGAUCAAAUAAAAUCCUGUUUGCCUAGGAGAUAAGUUUAGCACAGGAGUUAGGAAUGUAUUAUACUGGUAUGUUUAGUACAUUGCUGUAGAUAGAAAGGUCUAAUUCAGCUUAGUAACGAAGAAGAAACAUCCUUGCCGAGCAGUAUUUUGACUUGUUAGUGUUUAUCUGUAUCCUUUGUACACUCUUAACAAAUGUAACCAGCGUAGAAGGGAGGUAAUCUGAUAAGACUGUAUUAUGCUGCCUUAUCUCAAUUGUUUGUGUACUACAUUUUGUUCAUUUAUUUUAAUGUGGAAUAUUUAAUUUUUCCUUGGACUGAGAAUGUGACAAGUGUUCAUACCCCCCAAAAAACAUUUAGUAAUUCCUGUGUCAGUGUUAGCUUCACGUUGAUUUGGGUUGUAGUUCUGUUUCUGAUCUCCCAUUGUUUCUUUUUUUAUUUAUUUUUGAUCCAUUUUGAUCUCCAGUAGUUCAGGUAGCAAAUGCAUGAAUCAUUUCACCUGUUGGCAGUUAAACUCUGCCACCUUGCAACAGUGUUAUUUUAUUCAGUGUAGAGAAUGUAAUUUUGAACAUUGAGGAACAAAAUAAAUGGCACAUUUUGUGGGCCUUUGGGUUUCUAUGCCCUACGUGGGUCCUUAGUUAACUUUUGACUAAGUGGUGUUGAAGCAUAUUAGGUACAUGAGUUAGUGCCAGUGCAAAAAAAAAAAAAA